CAGGAGUGUGUGUAGCUAUAUAGCGGCAGCGCGAGAGCAGCCGUAGCGCGAGGACGAGUUGCGGCAAGGACGACAAUAGCAUCAUCACACGGCAACUAACUAGCGAGCUAGCUAAUCAACAUCACCCAGCAGAACUCACACAGAUAGCUUAAUAUCAUCCGCGUGGCUGGAGAGCGGCGAGCUCGCGCUGUGUGUGUAGCUCCGUAUUGUUUUCUUUAGCACGGCUUUAAAAGCUCAUCCGGAUCUGGAAGCUGGACUGGUGGAUGCCUCUCGCGCCAAGAAACACGAGAAGUGCGCGAGCUUCCGAACAUUAGCCUCGUUCAAAUCGGCUCGCGCAAGUUGGGAUUCGGCCGUUACAGUUUAAACAGAAGGACUGUUGGAAAGAGGUAAAACGGACCGGUUUUCUGUGAGGAAAAUAGAGAAGCUAACGUUAGUUAGUUGGGUUAGCUGGCUAAGCGCUUUCUUUCGGUGUGUGUGAGAGAGAGGGACUGUGGGAGAGUGUGUGUAUGAGUGUGUGAGAGACAAUAACUAGCUAGCGCAUCACUAUAACGUUACUACUUUUAGUAAACUAACUAGCCGCACGUCAACGUUGGCUCACUGGAAGCGGCUUCUCCUGCUUCCACAGCACCGACGCCAAGCCUCUCCCCACCCCGCCUCCCCUCGCCAUGUCCGCAACGCCGAGCCCCGCUUCUCCCUCCCCGGUAGAAGCCGCCCCACCGGAGCCGGACACCCUCGCCGUGGAUGGCGGUUUGAAACCCGCGGGUCCCACGCCCAGCCAGAGCCGCUUUCAGGUGGACCUAGUGACUGAGGCGGCUGGCAGCGACAAGGCGGCGGCCUCCGACUGCUCCUCGUCCGCCACGGGCGACGCCGCGGACAAGGCGGCCGAAGAGGCGAAGGGCAGGUUCCGUGUGGUGAACUUCGCCGACCCGCGCAGCGCGGCCUCCAGCCCGGAUGCCGCGCCGGCCGACGGCAUUCAGAACGGGGACACAGUGAUGAGCGAGGGCAGCCUGCACUCCUCCACCGGCGGCCAGCAGCACUAUCACUAUGACACGCACACCAAUACCUACUACCUGAGGACUUUCGGCCACAACACUAUCGACGCCGUGCCCAACAUCGACUUCUACCGGCAGACUGCAGCGCCCCUGGGGGAGAAGCUCAUCAGACCCACCCUGUCAGAGCUGCACGACGAGCUGGAUAAGGAGCCUUUUGAAGAUGGAUUUGCCAAUGGUGAUGAGCUUACCCCUGCUGAGGAGGCUGCAGCCAAAGAGGCAGCUGAGCCCAAAGGAGUUGUUAAGUUUGGAUGGGUCAAAGGAGUGCUGGUCCGCUGCAUGUUGAACAUUUGGGGUGUGAUGCUCUUCAUCCGCAUGACAUGGAUCGUGGGCCAGGCUGGAGUUGUGUAUUCCUGCAUUAUUGUUGCCAUGGCAACUGUUGUGACCACCAUCACUGGCUGUUCGACCUCUGCGAUAGCAACCAACGGCUUUGUACGAGGAGGCGGGGCCUAUUAUUUGAUAUCUCGAAGUUUAGGCCCGGAAUUUGGUGGUUCCAUUGGUCUUAUUUUCGCCUUUGCCAAUGCAGUUGCAGUGGCCAUGUAUGUUGUUGGCUUUGCUGAAACUGUCGUUGAACUUCUUCAUGGUGCUGAUCUUGUUAUGCUGGAUUCAGUUAAUGAUGUCAGAAUCGUAGGAACAAUCACUGUCCUUAUCCUGCUUGGGAUCUCAGUGGCCGGCAUGGAGUGGGAGGCUAAGGCCCAGAUCUUCCUUUUGGUCAUCUUGAUCAGUGCCAUCUUCAAUUACUUCAUUGGCACAUUCAUUCCCUUGGAGUCAAAGGAAAAAUAUGGAUUCUUUGGCUAUGAUGCUGGCAUCAUGAUGGAAAAUUUAGGUCCGGACUUCAGAGGAGAAACAUUCUUUUCCGUCUUUUCCAUCUUCUUUCCUGCAGCCACUGGCAUUCUUGCUGGUGCCAACAUCUCAGGAGAUCUUGCGGAUCCACAAAAGGCAAUCCCUAAGGGAACCCUUUUGGCCAUUCUUAUCACUGGCUUAGUGUAUAUGGGUGUGGCUGUCUCUGCAGGAGCAUGCAUUGUCAGAGAUGCUUCAGGUAUUGAGCAAAAUGGCACAUUAAGUGCUGACCUCAACAACUGCACCGGUGCAGCCUGUAGUUUUGGCUAUGACUUCUCCUCCUGCAAGCCUGGUGGAUCUGGACAGUGUGCUUAUGGGCUGCACAACAAUUUUCAAAUUAUGAGUGUGGUGUCUGGGUUCAGUCCCCUCAUCACUGCUGGAAUUUUCUCAGCAACAUUGUCUUCAGCCCUCGCCUCACUGGUCAGCGCUCCCAAAGUGUUCCAGGCUUUAUGCAAAGAUAAUAUUUACCCAGGCAUUGCCAGCUUUGGAAGGGGCUAUGGCAAGAACAAUGAACCCCUGCGUGGCUAUUUACUUACUUUUGGCAUUGGCCUGGCCUUCAUCCUCAUUGCUGAGUUGAACACCAUUGCUCCAAUCAUUUCCAACUUCUUCCUGGCAUCCUAUGCCUUGAUCAAUUUUUCUGUGUUCCAUGCCUCCUUAGCCAACUCUCCAGGAUGGAGGCCCAGCUUCAAGUACUACAACAUGUGGGUGUCUCUUGCUGGUGCAGUGCUCUGUUGUGUGGUCAUGUUCGUUAUCAACUGGUGGGCAGCUCUCUUGACCAAUGUCAUCGUGCUGUCUCUCUACAUUUAUGUCAGCUACAAGAAACCUGAUGUGAACUGGGGUUCGUCCACCCAGGCGCUGACCUAUCACCAGGCCCUGACCCACAGCCUGCAGCUCUGUGGUGUUGCAGAUCAUGUGAAAACCUUUAGGCCACAGUGUUUGGUGAUGACUGGAGCACCCAACUCUCGGCCGGCUCUCCUCAAUCUGGUCCAUGCCUUUACUAAGAAUGUUGGCCUAAUGGUCUGUGGCCAUGUGCGCAUUAGCUCUCGCCGGCCAAACUUUAAGGAGCUAAACAGCGACAUGGUGCGCUAUCAGCGCUGGCUACUCAACAACAACUCCAAAGCAUUUUACACUCCUGUGGUUGCUGAGGACCUCCGCCAGGGCACCCAGUACCUUCUUCAAGCUUCUGGCCUCGGGAGACUGAAGCCCAACACACUGGUGCUUGGCUUUAAAAACGACUGGAUGAACAGCGAUAUGAAGGAGACUGAAACCUACAUCAACUUGAUACACGAUGCCUUUGACUUCCAGUAUGGUGCUGUCAUUCUCCGACUGAGAGAAGGGCUUGACAUUUCCCACAUUCAAGGCCAAGAUGAUACUUCAGGCAUGAAGGAUGUUGUGGUGUCUAUUGAUUUGAGCAAAGAUUCAGACGGGGACUCCUCCAAGCUCUCGUCCAAAGCCACAAGUGUUCAGAACAGUCCAGCUGUCCAGAAAGAUGACGAGGAUGACGGAAAAGCUCCUACACAGCCCCUGUUAAAAAAAGAUAAAACCAGCCCGACAAUGCCCCUCAAUGUGGCCGAUCAGAAGCUGUUGGAGGCCAGUCAGCAGUUCCAGAAGAAGCAAGGCAAAGGCACAGUGGAUGUCUGGUGGCUGUUUGAUGACGGAGGCCUCACUCUGCUCAUCCCGUACUUAAUCGCCAACAAGAAGAAGUGGAAGGACUGCAAGAUCCGUGUCUUCAUCGGGGGAAAGAUCAACAGGAUCGACCAUGACCGCAGAGCAAUGGCCACAUUGCUCAGCAAGUUCAGGAUAGAUUUCUCUGAUAUCACCGUCCUGGGAGACAUCAACACAAAACCCAAGUCUGAGAGUUUGGCAGCUUUUGCCAAGAUGAUUGAGCCUUAUAAGCUGCGAGAAGACGAUAUGGAACAGGAGGCAGCAGAAAAACUGAAGGCAGACGAGCCCUGGAGGAUCACAGACAAUGAGCUGGAGCUCUACAAGGCCAAGAGUAAUCGUCAAAUCAGACUGAACGAGCUGUUAAAGGAGCACUCAAGCACAGCCAACCUCAUUGUCAUGAGUAUGCCCUUGGCAAGAAAGGGGGCCGUAUCCAGUGCCCUCUACAUGUCCUGGUUGGACACCCUGUCCAAGGACCUUCCACCCAUCCUCCUUGUUCGUGGCAACCACCAGAGCGUCCUCACAUUCUACUCCUAAGCGAAUUGACGAUCACCGCCCCCCUCGUGAAGCACACCUCGCUGAUAUGCCGACACUAAACACAAACGUGCACACACCAACACAUGAAGGUAGACCACCUGUGACCACUAGGAUAGUAAUGAUGGUGAUGGUCAAGAGAGACUAGGAGCACGUUCUCUUGAGAAGCUUUUGGUUUCUGUAGCUCAGUGACCCCUGCCAUGUGACACUCCACGGAUGCCGAAGUUGUGAGUGUACAGGGUAUACUUCUGGAAUAUUCCGGACAAUAGAGGACAAGAUGAGAAACGUGCUCAGUAAUUUAUUGGUCACUGUUUUCUUUGGAUCACAGGCAUCUGAGCAUGAAGUACACAUUGCUGUUCUGAUUAUCAUUAUCAUUAUUAUGUUUGUCACAAUGAAAUUGUGGAUCUCCACUUUUUUUUUCUUGAUUUUUUUUUUUUAUUUGCUCUUCGAAGCAGCAAUAAUCAUCCUGUUUUCCUUUUCCUCACUCGGGAGAAAACCAUGCAGAAUGCUUUGCAACACCUUUUAUAGCCUUAUAGAUGUGCCUUCCAGUUCAAUCAAAUUAAAUUAUUAAACAUUGCCAUGAUUGAUGCUCAAAUGAACGUAGCUGUAGUAGACUAUUUUUAAAUUGGGUUUUAGGUAUACUCAAGAUUUUAGGAUUUUUUAUGCGAGUGGAAGGGCGUUGGGAAACAUUUCCACUUUUGAGCAUAAAAAAAGCUUCUUUUUUUUCCGGUGAGGUUAAAUUUUUCCCCUGUCAUCUUUUGCCCUGUCUCUCUUUCUUUUCCAGGUUUCAGUCUUCCUUUAAACUGUGAAGGGAUUUUAGUGUUCCUAGUACAGUAUACUCCUCCACUUCUCCUGGAUGUUACGGUAAUCAGAGUUGGAGGGUGAAUGAAUUCUAAUGUACAGGGUUGAAGGGCAGUCCGAACAGAAUGCUGCAUUACUUGAUUAUGACUUGAGUGCAGAGCAACAGCCUAUGGUUUAAAGAUGUGCUGGAAGGUUCUUAUUUUAAAUGUUAAAUAUAGAAAAGGUGUCUCAAAAGAGUGGCACAUCAAAGCUGCUAUUAAACGAUGGAUACACAAAGAACAAUCAACCAAAUAUGAUGUGACCUCUUGAAUUUUUUUCUUUUCUUUUUUUUCGGAAUUCCACAAGCCUGCAGGUCUUACUACAGAGGAUGAAUUUGCCUUAAAAGUGAAAGUAAUGAUUGUUGACUUUAACUUCUCUCUCUUAUAAGCCAUACUGGCUGGUUGUCUGAUUGAUUAGCGGGUAAACGCAGAUUAUAGAGAAUUAAUAGAUGCAGAAAACUGAAUGUAACAUCAGUCGCAAUGUUUUUUCAUUUCAUGAAUCCGUGUGUAUUUCAUUAAAACUAAACUCUCUCCAAUCUGUAGUAGUCGUGGACCACUUUUUAUUGAUUAAGAAAUCCAGUUGUAGCUACAAAGUAAACUAUGUCAACAGUGACUUGAACCAACGUGAAGCAACAUUCCUGUCUUUGUUCCCGUGUGUUGGACUUUUACAGAGUAGCUGCUUUUUUUUCCUGCAUAUUUGCGUGUACAACUUAGGGGCUUCCUUGUCUUGUGCAGUGUAAUUCUAAAGGCCUGUUCAGGUAUUGCAGCUGCUGUUAAUAAUAAUGAAAAUAAAGACCACGCCACAGAUUAUUACAGACAGGAUGUCUUGGGAGUGUUGACUGAAGCCAGAACUGAGAAUGUUGUUUGUUUGGUUGGUUGGUUUGUUUGUUCACAUGUAUCGAAUGGGAUGUGUAUGUAUGUAUGUGUGUAUAUAUAUAUAUAUAUAUAUAUAUAUAUAUAUAUAUAUAUAUAUAUAUAUAUAUAUAUAUAUAUAUAUAUAUAUAUAUAAUCACAGUAUAUAUACCUCUAUGCAGGUUAAAUGAGAUGAGUGCUACUCGUUUCCCACUUAAACGAUGGUAUUUUAAGAAAGUCACUUAUCCCAGAACUCAGGAUUGGAUCUUUUCCGCCUGCAGUGCUUUUUCCAGUCCUAAUCAGUGAUGAUGAAGAUGAAGAUAAUGAUGCGCGUUUAGUGGGUUGGUGGUCUUGUGGAAGGUGGAAAGGUUUUAUGCAGCUGAACUUGACGAUAUUGACCAGGUUAAUGUGAAGAGUUGAUUCCAUUUCUUGCCAGUGUCAUAUUAGAACUAAGAAUGAAAUGACUCAGAUUGCCUUACAGUAAAAUUCUACCAUGAACUGGUUUAGAUUUGUGCACAAGUUUGCCUCCUUUCUGCACUCGCUCUACUGUUCAUUGUGUGAAAUGUGACGUUGCUUUAACGAAAGGUUGCUUGAAUGUAGACACUAAUUCUGAAAAGAGGCAAUGCUCCGUUUUGUUGUUCUUUUGUGUCCUUUCAUCACACUCAAUUUUUAAAAUUCCUUUUUUUUCUUCUUUUUUUUUGCGUUUCAGCUUUGUUACAUCGAAAGUGGCCCAAAUGCAAGCUUAAUGCUGUGAUGUGUGUUGUCAGACUGUGUAGUAACCAGUACCCACACGACUGCAUCUCCAGUUUCACGUUUAUCACCAAUCACCAAUGUGAAAAAUAUGCCAUGAACAUUUGAAUGAAUAUAUUCAUAUUUAUAGCUCUCUUUCUCUUGCUAAAUAUAUAUAUAUAUAUAUAUAUAUAUAUAUAUAUAUAUAUAUAUAAAAAUAUAUAUUCUACUCUAGUGUGUAAAAGGACUUUGUACUUUAGUGUGUGACACGUAGUUUACUUUUUUUUUUUUUCAAGACAGUGGGCAUUGUGAAGCUCUUUUGACUUCAUAUGGUACAGUCUUACUUGUUUUAAGGUGUGUGCGUGCGUGCGUGUGCGCGCAUGAGUGUGUGUGUGUGUGUGUGUGGCUGUAUAGACCUUAAAUCCCCUAACGACUACAAAAAAACAAAAAAAAUUAAAACUAAAUUAAGAAAUUAACCAUCAUAUAUAUAUUAUAUAUAGUCAAAAUUGGGAGACAUAUUUGGAUGUCAAGAUAAUUUGCUAUAAAUAUGUGUAAAGACCACAAUGUGUGUUUGUAAGUAAGUGUGCAUUAUUCAUCAGUGUAUAGCUACACAUAAGUGUUUAGCUGUGGCAUCAGAAGCUACUUGUAUACACCAUGGGUUGAUGAGGUACUGCUGACUGAUGUGCCUCUAAACGCUGUGCUGUAUUCUGUGUUGAGACCAAACAGAUCAACUGUGUGUGUUUUAUUUUUUCACUCAUGGUCAUGCCUUUUUUCUUUUCUUUUUUUUCUUUUUUCAACAUUUUCUGCUCAUGUGUAGCCAAAGCCUAGUUCCUUCCACUCCAUCAGAGCCAGGAGUCGUGAUGAUGAUGAUGAUAAUGAGGAAAAGUAAAGUCAGCCUCACUGCUCUCGACUCCAGUUCACACUGUAUUUCUUUACUAACCUGUAAAUAUCUUCUAGUCUAACCAGAUAAAUUAAGGGAGUGGAAUAAUAAUAAUAACAAUGGCAAAUUACUAAGGAGAAAAGAAAUAUUUAUUUUAGCCGUAGAGUUUUCUCUAACUUCUUGUUUUUAAAUUGCAUGUUGAUUAUUUUUUUUUGUUUCAUUUUUGAUUACUUUAAAAACUUUUGUUCCUCCUUCUCUCUGUACAUUUCUAUCUUUUAUAUGCCUUUUAAAGAAAAGCUAUGUUGACAAGUGGUUGAGUUUAACAACUGCUCAAGCAUAAAGGAUGGAUCGAACUGAUUUGGCUGGAUGAGGAAUGUUUUGAUAUACUGUACUGUUAAUUGUCACAAAUAUGCUUUUUUUCUAACAUUUUAACAUUUAAGGUUACCAAUACUUUGUACAUCUUUAUUGCAAUAAAUAAAAAUCAAAAUAAACCGA